AUGCUAAAUACGAAACCGCUUUACAGUAAGGGAAUUAUCCGCGAUCGAAAGAUGCUUACCCAGUCACAGUUUUCGCAGGUUAAAUUCUCAGCUAUACUGAACAACUAUGUCACGUUCUAUAACGUUGCAAAGGCAAUCAAUUUUGUGGAUGUUGCAACAGUUCAACUAACCAACGAUGGCAUGAAAGUGGUGGUGGAGGAUGCCAAAAGUGUUCAGGCAACAGCAUACGUUAUGAGAAACUGUUUUUCGGAGUACAAACUAGCACAUGUCAAGCGUAAGCUGGGACCGGCCGAUGUUACCGACGACGAUGAACCGUCGACCAGUUUUGGGCUCAAUUUGAAAGCGUUUACCGAUUGCCUGAGCAUGUUUCUCGAGAGCGAAUAUGAUUCGCACAUGAAAAUGGUUCAUAAGGGUGAUGGGGCUCCGUUGGUUGCCAUUCUUGAGCAAGGCGAGGACUAUCUAAUUACCGAAUGUUCGGUUAAAACCAUGGAAUCACCGGAAGUUAUGGAUUUUGACUUCGACAAAGAUAAUGUUUGUAGCCAAGUUACUGUCAACGGCGCCUUAUUUUUCGCGCUUCUUAGUGAACUGGAUCGAAAUUGCGAUGAAAUUGAGGUAUUGCUGUCACCAGAUAGUCCAAGUUUCAAACUCUCCACGUUUGGUGAACUUCAUUCGGAGUCAAACAUCGAGAUUACCGAUGACAGCGAAAUGUUAAUCUCUUUUCAAAGCACCGAGACCACGAGCCAUCGAUACAAGUUUUCCCACUUCAAGCUGGUGAUGGGGACAUUGGCUUUAGCUUCAAAAGUUUCACUACGUACGAAUAAGGACGGUCUUCUCGGAAUGCAGGUAAUGAUCGAAAUUUCCGAUAGUUCCCAGCUUUUUGUCGAGUACUUCAUUGUGCCACUUUGCGAAUCGAAUCAGAACAAUUUGCCUGAAUCGGAGCGUUCUGAAACGAGCGAAAUGCUGGACGAGUAAUUUGUUAAACCGUUUCAGGAUUUGCACAGCCUUAUUUCAUGUAAGUCAUAUUUGGCAUGUUCCAUGAAUUCGGGUAAAUCAUACUAGGAGAAAAUUAUGCAUCACGUAACGAAACAAUUUUUGCUGUGAACGC